AUGAUGACGUAAGGCUCUGGUCGCAGAUUGAGGACGCGAGGUCGCGUGGACCUUGUGGACGUUUGGGAAGCUCGAGCGGCGCCAAGGGCAAGAUGGUGAAAUCCACUUACCGGGGCCGUGGGACCGUCAACCCAUCAACAUCAAGCACCAACCCGGAUCGGCCCAAAGAUGCAGGAGGCCACAGGAGGGACCGGGCAACUAUUAAACGCCUUAAUAUGUACAGACAGAAAGAACGAAGAAACAAAGUAGGAAAGGUCAUCAAACCCCUGCAAUACCAGUCAACAGUUUCAUCUGGCACUGUAGCCCGCGUGGAGCCAAAUAUCAAGUGGUUCGCUAACACUCGGGUCAUAAAGCAGUCAUUGCUGCAAAAAUUCCAAGAUGAGAUGGGUAGUGUUGUGAAAGACCCUUAUAGGGUGGUUAUGAAGCAGACCAAACUUCCAAUGUCUCUUCUGAAUGACCGAAUCAAGCCUCAUAAUUCAAAAGUACACAUUCUGGAUACGGAAACAUUUGAAACAACCUUUGGUCCUAAGGCUCAGCGAAAGAGACCAAACCUUAAUGUUUGUGAUGUGCAGAGCCUGGUGGAAAAAGCUGAAACACUGGCAGAAGAAUAUGAUCUAGAAAAGGAUCGUGAUCUGGUUGUGGAAGAUACUGGAGUACGGGAUGAAGUUCGAGAAGAAAUCUUCAAAAAAGGGCAGUCCAAAAGAAUAUGGGGUGAGCUGUACAAGGUAAUUGAUUCUUCGGAUGUUAUAAUCCAAGUGCUGGAUGCUAGAGAUCCAAUGGGAACACGUUCACCCCAUAUAGAGGCUUACAUAAAGAAAGAAAAGCCAUGGAAGCAUUUGGUGUUUGUGUUUAACAAGUGUGACCUUGUACCUACCUGGGCAACUAAACGAUGGGUUGCAGUCCUUUCGCAUGAAUACCCAACUCUUGCCUUUCAUGCCAGCCUCACCAAUCCCUUUGGAAAAGGAGCUCUCAUCCAACUUUUGCGGCAGUUUGGGAAGCUACACAGUGACAAAAAGCAGAUCAGUGUGGGUUUCAUUGGCUAUCCUAACGUUGGCAAGAGCUCUAUUAUUAAUGCACUUCGAUCCAAGAAAGUCUGCAAUGUUGCGCCUAUUGCUGGUGAAACAAAGGUUUGGCAGUAUAUCACUCUGAUGCGACGCAUUUUCCUAAUUGAUUGCCCUGGUGUUGUCUAUCCGUCUGGUGAUACAGAGACUGAAAUUGUGUUGAAAGGAGUGGUUCAAGUGGAGAAAAUCAAAUGUCCCGAGGAUCACAUUGCUGCAGUGCUGGAAAGAGCAAAAUCAGAAUAUAUCAGCAAGACCUACAAGAUAGAUUGUUGGAGCCAUGCAGUGGAUUUCUUAGAAAAGCUGGCUUUCAGGAUGGGCAAGCUUUUGAAGGGCGGAGAACCAGACAUACAAACAGUAGCCAAAAUGGUGCUGAAUGAUUGGCAAAGAGGUCGAAUACCUUUCUUUGUGAAACCACCAAAUGCAGAAGUAAACUCACAGCUAUUGGAUACAUUAAUAGUGAACAAAGAACCUAAUCAAGUGAAGACGUCAUCAGAAGAAGUGAAUGUAGAAAGUGAACCAGAAAAAACUGAAAAACCCAAUGUGACACAACAAAUUGCACAAGUUAGACAAAACUUUGGAAAAAUCAACGUGGCACCUGAAUUUUUAGAGACAGACCUCCUACCUGUAAACAUUUCUGACAAUGAAGAGAGCUGCUCAGAGGAAGAGGAGGAAACAGAGGAUAGUGAAGAAAAAGAAUCAACUGGGGCUGAUCUGAAUAAAGUUCAGAAGAUCGACCAAGAAACUAGUACUCAAAUAGAGAACAAAUCAAAAAAACCAAAACAAGUACUCCAGGAUUUGGAUGAAAAAAUUGCUAAAUAUAAAAAGUUCUUGGAUAAAGCCAAAGCAAAGAGAUUCUCUGCUGUUAGGAUUCCCAAGGAACUUACUACAAAGUUGCUUACAAAAUCUGGUCAAAAGGCAGCUGAUCAAGAAGAGGAAUUAAAAGAAAAGGGUCACACAGUAGGAAAGAGAAAAGCUCAAGAAGAACCUGAUGAUGCACAACCUCCUGCCAAGCUGUCAUCCAAAGAGAAGCGAAGACUCAACCGGCUGCAGCACUCGAAGAAGGUCGGCGUUCGAUACUAUGAAACACACAAUGUUAAGAACAAGAAUAAAAACAAAAACAAAAGUGCAUCCAAGUCACAGAAAUUUAAAAAGAAACGAUAAUUUUGAAAUAAAAUGACUUGUUUCUUUUUGUGCAAUAAAAGUAAAAUUAUUUUUGCACAUG